GAGAAUUUGUGUUUUGUCCGCUGAUUAGCGCGGGAGUCGAACAGUGAAACUAACCUCAAAAACAUUUGCUGCGUCCUAACCUAUUACACGUUAUUUCGGUUAUUUCGCAAAAUGUUUUUCCGGCACAUAUUAUAAACGAAAUUUCAAAUGAAUCGAAGUGAAGUAAAGUGGACCUCCCUGGAGCUCAGUGGACUCCUGGAGGACGAGGAAUCUCACGUGCACUUCGCGAGAACCACCAAACACCUCGCGCUACAUCCAUACCACUUGAACAACAUUCAGCGAGGUAUCAACCAGAUUUUAGGAUCGUCGUUGAACACUUACGACAGGGAAUUGAAAGGGUUUAUGCUAGCCUUUCGAAGCCCUAAAUUGCUUAGCAAUCUAGGAGAAAUUCUAUAUGACUCUCCCUUCAUUCACGUUGAUGUUGAAGCAGAUUUUUAUCUGUUUUCUCCCACGGUCGGAACAUUCCUAAAAGGUAUAGUGAAUAAGAAAGGCUUGGAUCACAUUGUAGUGCUGGUUCAUAAAAUAUAUACAAUAUCUAUUCCAAAACCAGAUGAUACAGAGGAAUGGCCAGGUGAGCUUGUAGAGAUCGGUCAAGAAGUGAAAUGUUGUGUGAGUCAAAUAGACAACAAAAGUAAACCCCCUUACAUCUGCGCCACUUUGAGAUCCGAUUACUCGCAAGGUUGUAGAUUAAGUUUAAAUAAUAUUGAUAAUGUAGACAGUACAAUUGAAAGUAUGAAUACUUCUAUGAGAAUUGAUGCUUCAGCUAAUGGAAUAUCAGAAGAUGAUGGUGUUUCUGAAAAAGAGAGGAAGAAACAUCGAAAAAAACAUAAAAAGUCUCAUGAAAAUGAUACAGAAUCUGUUUGUAAAGUUGAAAACAUAUCAGAGGCGUCUGAUAACGUAAAAAAUAAUAGUUCUGUAACUAUCAAAUCUGAAAAGAAAUCGCGAUACCAAAAUAUACAAGAUACUGUAUUAAGUACUGACGAGUUUCUGAAUAAUUCAGAAGUCGAUAAUGUUUCUAAAAAACAUAAGAAAAGCAAGAAAAUAUCUAAAUCGUUGCUUAGUGAUGAUACAGUUUUAGAUGAACAUACGGAGUUACGUAAAGCAAUGAAGAGAGAAAGUUCUAUUCCGUUAGAUAGUAUUACUGAAACUGAGACGAAAAAGAGAAAGAAACAGGCAAAAAAAUCUAAGGAAUCUGAUUCAGAAAUUGUAUCAAUAAAGACAGAAAAAGAAGUAAUUUGUAUGACAGAGGGCACUAUUUCUAAACAUAUUAAAACUGAAAAAGAAGAACAAUACAGUGAAACAGAAAGGAAAAAAAAGAAGAAACAUGCGAAGAAAUCUAAAGAAUCCGAUUCGGAGACUGUAUCGAUAAAGACAGAAAAAGAAGAUAAAAUUUGUAUGGCAGAGGGCACUAUUCCCAAACAUAUUAAAGCUGAGAAAGAAGAGCAACAUAGUGAAACAGAAAAGAAAAAGAAGAAAAAACAUACGAAGAAAUCUAAAGAAUCUGAUUCGGAAACUGUAUCAAUAAAGACAGAAAAAGAAGAUAAAAUUUGUAUGGCAGAGAGCAUUAUUGUCAAACAUAUUAAAGUUGAAAAAGAAGAGCAACAUAGUGAAACAGAAAAGAAAAAGAAGAAAAAACACACGAAGAAAUCUAAAGAAUCUGAUCCGGAAACUGUAUCAAUAAAGACAGAAAACAAAGAAAUAAUUUGUCAGACAGGGGGCAUUAUUCCUAAACAUAUUAAAUCUGAAAAGCAAUGUGUAUCAAAUAGCGAUCUUUCUUCAAGUAACUUAGAAGAUAAUGUAUCUAAAAAGCAUAAGAAAAACAAGAAACCAUAUAUGAAAAUGUCAGAUUCGGAAUCAGGGGGUUGUUAACAUUUAAACAUUUUAUUCGUGGAUACAAAUUAUUGUAACGUACACUUGUAAUUGUUGUGUACUCUGUGAAUCGGGCUUAGACAUUUAAAGCUCUAAAAUUGUGCACCGUUAUCAUGUAUCAACUGGCGAUUACGAGUUGCUCGAUAAUUAAUUUUAAUCUCACUUCUCGGUUAUUUUUCUUAAUCAGUAAUUCUAACAAAUACGAGUAUUUAUAAACAAUUAUGACAAUUUUCCAUCUUUGCAAUUAUGAGAAAUUCUCUUUAUUAAACAUCUAACAACGAUUUUGUACUUAUGUAGAAGAUAUCACCGUUAAUAUCACGAUGAUUUAUUUGGACAUCAGAGUACACGAUAUAUUGAUAAUUUUCUCAUUAGCAUUGAUGUAAAUAAUCAUAUAAUUUAUCUCACAUUGUAUAUAAAAAAAACUUGCCUGAGCUCAUAUGAUAGUUUCUGUAAUUAACAUAAAAACGUACGGAAAAAGUUAUAUUUCAAAAUUUGCACCUCAGAAUAUAAUUCAACCUGGCAAACUGUGUUCUCAUAAUAUUGCAAAUUUAGCCUUUAAAAUACGAAUUUACAACUAUGUUUUAGUUGUUUUAUUUCGUUUGAAUUAUAUUUACUUGAAGAAUGCGAGUUGUUUUUAAUAGGAGUUUUAAUUUGUAAUCUCUUGCCAAAAUGAUAAUGAAUUCUUGAAAACAGAAUCCCUCUAUGAUUUAAAAUAUCAUGUAUUCUGAAAUUGGUGUAAGAAAGAAUUUCUCGCAAUUACCUUGAUUUAUACACAAGAGAUUCACCUUCAUUUAUUUGUACCAAAUGUAGAUACCAAGAUGUCUUGUGAAUAUUUGUGAAUAUCUCUUUUUUAAUAUCAGACAAUAAAUUACAGCAGUAAUGUCA